CGGGACGCGCUGCGUCGCUUGCCCCACCGGACCAACGCAUUUCUUAUAAAACCCACUGACGACUAUCAAAUCUAUGUCAGUCACGCACAACUAUCACACACAAAAAAAUGUUCUCCAAAAUCGCGAUUCUUGUAGCUGCAGUGGCGGCGGCCCAAGCUGGCCUUUUGGGACAUGGCGGAUACUCUGUGUCUUCCCAGAGCAACUUGGUGCACCAUGACGCCCACUACGCUGCCGCUCCCCUACUCCAUUACGCUCCCGUGGAACAGCACGCUCCAGUAUACGCCGCCGCCCCGGUCGCCCACGCUUACUCUGGCCAAGGACAUCAUGAGGAUUACUACGCUCAUCCCAAAUACCAAUAUUCUUACUCCGUGGAAGACCCCCACACCGGCGACCACAAGUCCCAGCACGAGGUCCGCGAUGGUGACGUGGUGAAAGGGGAAUACUCCCUGCUGCAGCCUGAUGGCACCUUCCGCAAGGUGUCCUACUCCGCUGACGACCACAACGGUUUCAAUGCGGUCGUACACAACUCAGGGCCCAGCCAUCACGUAUACCACUCUCAACACCACCAUUGCAAAAUGUUCACCAAAGUCUUCACCCUCAGCGCCAUCUUGGCCGCCGUGAACGCUGGCCUCCUGCCGGUACACCACGCCGCCGUCUCCUCCCAAAGCAUCGUGCGCCAUGACGCGCCUGCGCACUAUGCACCUGCGCACUACGCCCCGGCACACUAUGCUGCGCCUGCUCACUACGCCGCUCCCCUGGUCCACGCCGCCCCAGUAGUCCACGCUGCUCCCAUCGCCAUCGCUCAUGACUCUCACCCCAAAUACGACUACGCCUAUUCCGUGGCUGACCCCCACACCGGCGACCACAAGAGCCAGCACGAGUCCCGCGACGGAGGCGCCGUCCAUGGCAGCUACUCCCUGGUGGAGCCUGAUGGUUCCGUCCGUAAGGUCGAGUACACCGCUGAUGACCACAAUGGUUUCAACGCCGUCGUCCACAAGACCCCCGGCCAUCACCCCGCCCCCCUCGUCCACGCUGCUCCCCUCAUCCACGCUGCCCCCGUCGUCCACGCCGCCCCCCUCGCGCAUUACGCCGUCGCCCCCCUGGCGCAUGGCCAUCAUGGUCUCCUCGGACAUUAUUAAACGACUAGCUUUAUUGGAGAUAUGACGGAUGACUGAUGAUUGUGAUAUUUAUGUGUACAUAAUGAUGAUGAUAUGAUUUAUACUCGAAUGUAAAUAUACUCAGCUGACAAAAUAA